GAAUCAAUGAAUUCCGCGAGUUCCCGCCUUUUGAAGUUUGGAACCGUUGCUCGCGGAUGCUUGAAGUAGUUUUGAACAAUAACACUCCAUAACUCUCCACUGGAAGCUGUCAAAUUCAUCUCUACCUUGUAGCUGUGGAUUUUUUUCAUCUGUUUCCUUAUCAUUCCUCGUGAGUAGCGGAUCCAUUUCUACUCAUCGACGAACAAGUAUUCCACACUCCGUCGGACGCCGUUCACCGUUGUCAGGCCUGCUUGGUUGUUCUCAGGCAAGCAUUGAAGAAGGUGGCAUUCAUAGAUCAACAUUUUGAAUUGGAAUAUGACAAUUUCAGUGUAGUUGAGAAGCGAAUCAGAAGAUUUACAGUUUCAAAUAAUGACAGACCAACAACAGGAAACCUCAUCUGUAGAUUCAAAGGAGGGAACUUCACUGAAAGAAGAGGGCAUUGGAAAGGACUUUCUUAGCUCCUGGAAAUCAAUAUCUGUGGCAGAUGAUGAUGCAAUGGAUUUUAGCUUUGACAGUGUUACUACUAAAGGAAAGAAAAAGCCAUUCAAUUUCAGAAAACUGGACAUGGAUUUCAGUCUGGAUGGUGAGUUUGAUAAGAUAUCAUCAUUUAAGAUGGAUAUGUCAGACCUUGAUUUUUCAUGCUCGCCCAAAAAACCUACAAAGUCUAAGGAGAGUAAGGGAGACAUAUCAGACCUUGAUUUUACAUGCUCACCGGAGAAACGUGAGAAUAAAGGAGACAUGCCAGACUUUGAUUUUUCCUGCUCACCCAAAAAACCUGCAAAGUCUAAGGAGAAUAAAGCAGGAGAAUGUUCUGGUGCAAAAGAAGGAAGAGGACGCAGUUUUGAUUUCAACUUUGAUUUCAAUGAGAUGGAUAGCUUCAAUCUUGAUUCAAGCUUGUUGAAAGGAAAUAGGACCUCCACCACCAAUCUGGCUAAAAAAGGAGUUACUCCACAUGAAAUUGAUAGUGAAGUUGCUAAAGAACCUAAAACCAACGAUGAUGAACAUGGCCGUGCAUCUACUGAUGCCAUAAUUUCGAAGCCUCAAUCAUCAGAGACGGUGGAAAGCUCAAAAGUGUAUACUAUGGAAGGUAAUGAAAGGGAUCUAGAUUUCAUGCAGGAUGAUUCUGUGCCGAAAGUUUCAUCAUCUGGGAAGCUGGACAUGUUAGGUGAAGCUAGAUCUUCAGCUCUAAGAACAGAAGAAAAGGAUCAAAAAAGAGAAAUACCUAUGAGCAGAAACUCAGAAUCAUUAUCUCAAGAGAUUGACAACCCAUCUUCUCAAACCAUUGACCGGAAUGUCUCAAACCAAGACAAUAUUCCAGAUCAGCAUAUUGAAGUUUAUUCUCCGGGCACAAAAAUAAUUACUAGUUCUGGUGGUGAGCAAAAUGUCAUUAAUAAUAAGGCAAUAUGUGUGGACCCUCAUGGAGUAAAAGUACCAUUAGAGAAUUCAUCCUCACUUCAAAUAAAAAAAUUAGAAAGUAGUGAUGAAGAAGUGAAUAAGUUUGGCAGCAACACCCAAGCAGAAGCAACAGGUGAACCUCAUCCAGUUAAGAAUGACUCAAGUUUUGAAAAGAAUACUACGGAAGAUGUGUCAAAGAAGAUUUCGCUUGACAAUGACUUAAAGGAAAACCAAAAAUCAACUUUGGAGGAUCAUUUGGCUACAACAAGCAGUAAACCUGUAGUUGAUGAAAUGAUGCUGGUGAAAGAUAAAAAAAUCAAACGUAUGCAGUCAAUAUUUUUCAGCAAAUCAGAGGACAACGUUCUUUUAAAUCAGAAGUCAUUGGCAACUAGCACUAAGGGCACCUUCUUUGGCUGCAAAAUAACUGGUGACAUGCAGCUUGGAUCCAUAAUCAAAGCAAGGGAUAACUUCAAAUCGAAUGACGCAGAAUGUGGAACUAGAUUGGUUAGUGAUUCAACUCCACCUGCCACCAAAUCAGUGAGAGAUGAAUUGACAUUGCUUGGUGGUAAAGAUGAUGUUAAAAUUCUUAUUAAUGCCGGGAAGGGUAUUGUUUCGGAUGAUAUUCAAAAUGGAGGAAAGUUAACUGAAACCAAACAGCCAAUUCUCAAAGAAGUAAAGAAAAGCAAAAUCACGUUGCUAGAUACUGAUAUGUCCUCUAAAGAUGUUAAUAUUCUGAGUUCUCAUGUUAAUCCUUCCUGCUUAAAUGAGAAAGCAGCUAGACAUGCUAACAAGAUUCCUGCGAAUCUUCAUGCUCAAAAUUCAGAGAAGGAAUCCUUUAAGAAUUUAAGGGUAACAAUAGAUGAAAACAAACUUUCUUCAAUUAAAGCUGUGAAGAUCGGCUAUAAGACUCCAAAGGGUGUUAAAACUGACAAGGGAUUAUCAGCUCAUAGACAUCUGAAAGAAACUAACUCCCCACUAAACUCUGAAUAUAUGGAGAUGCGAGGCAUAACAGCAAAGAUUGACCAUCUUCUUGAAAGUGCUGGGAAUCAAAAUCCUGCGAUCCCUUUCUUGAAGAGAAGAAAAACUAAUGAGGUUUCGGAAGCGGACUUAGCGCCCCUAACGUCCCUGAAGCGACUCCGUCAUUGUCCUAGUGAAAUCAGCAAUUCGACGGAGUGUCCAGAAAAAGUUGUUGAAAAGGUAGAGACUAAAGAGAGUAGGCCCAACAGCUUACUCUGCAAUACUCCCACAUCGGAACUUCAAUGUCCAUCGGGGAUUAACCUGAUGGAAGUGAAACUACCCGCUUCUGCAUUUGUGGAAGACAACAGCAAUGUCGAAAAGGCUGAAGCAUAUACAAAGGAACUUGAAGAUAUUUGCAAUAAGCUGAAAAAGAAGCACGAGGAAGCGAAGGAAUUAAUAGUUCGAGCAGUUGUAAAUGACAAUAACUUGUUGAUGCUGAAUCAUCCCAUUUAUGAAGAAAAAAUUCGGAAGGUUCAGAAACUUGUGAUGUCCAAGGCGAUUCAAACUUGAUGGGAGGCAAACCGUCGCAUGCAGAGGUCUGUGUACAUUUAGGUGGACAAUAAUUUCUCGUCUUCUACUGUACAUUUUUCGCUGCUUUAUCACAUAUCAAUGCCGUCAGGUUACCAGUCAUCAUUUGAAUUUAGGGUCAAAGUUAUUUUCUCUAGACUGGAUCUCUUAAAUCUGUCAGUAAAACCUCAUACAACGUUAUGAAUCUGACACUUGAUGGCUGUAUUUUGGCCUCUUCAAGCGUUUACCCUGAAGUCUUCGGCGAUGAAGAUGCAUCAAUCGAGUAUUUUUACGCACUUGUGUGGCGCAUGCGGUUGUAAAAUUGAUAUUGAUAUUUU